AUGGGAAAGAGAAGCUCUGUAACUAGUGGGCAUGCAAAGCCACGUGUGUCGGCCGCUGCUGCCGUCGACACAGCUGGCUCCUCUUCCAAGCCUGUUCAUGACUCCAGAGAGCUGGAGCUGGAACAAGAGCUGGAGCUGGACGAAGAAAAACCACAAAAAAUAUCACAUCCUCCUUCAAAGAAGCAGAGAAAGCAAAUCUCUGCUCAAGAGAUCCAAGUGGCCCGAGAAACUGCCGAAUUAUUCAAGUCCAAUAUCUUCAAGCUUCAAAUCGAUGAACUCAUCAAGGAAGUAAAGUUGAAAGAUGCUAAUAUCGACAAGAUUGAAAAAGUGUUACAUAAACUUCAUGAUCUUAUAAGGAUGAUUCCCGCUACGGAGAACUUGACUCUCGAAGAGUUGGAGGCUCGGUUUACUUCUAAGAAGGUAGUCAUCCCAUUUCCGGAUCCUAAACCUAGCAAAGUCAACUAUAAGUUUUCGUAUUUACCUCCUGAAGAUGUGUCUUUAGUUGGAUCGUUUGGAUUGAAAACGGGUGUUUCCCAAAACCACGGAAUGUCUGUAGAUAUGAUUUUGACCAUGCCUAAAGAAUUGUUUCAACCGAAAGAUUAUUUGAAUUACAGAGCUUUGUACAAAAGGGCUUUCUAUUUGGCAUACUUGACAGACCAUUUGAUUCCUUUGACUAAGAAGCACAACCUCCCAGUGAAAAUAUCCUACCAAUACUUUAAUGAUGAUAUCUUGUAUCCUUGUUUAACGAUCGAGAGUAUAAAAACUGAUAACCCUGACGAUUUAUGUUUCCACAAGACAAAGUUUAGUAUCAAAUUAAUUGUUGGUUUGCCGUUCGGAGUAUUCGAAAAUAAAAAAUUGAUGCCCAAUAAGAACUGUAUCAGAAUCCAAUCUGAUUCUGAAGAAUUGCCCCCGACUCCCUUGUACAAUUCAUCUAUCUUGUCGCUGACAGCAUUUGAUUAUUAUUUGAAAUACUUGUACACUUCUAAAAAGGCUACAGAAAGCUUCAAAGAUGCUUGUAGAUUGGGAAAGAUCUGGUUGAACCAAAGGGGAUUUAGUGGAUCUGUCAACAAAGGAGGAUUUGGCCAUUUUGAAUUCGCCGUGUUAAUGAGUGCCUUACUACAUGGUGGUGGUUUGAAUGGGAACAAGAUCUUGUUACAUGGAUUCUCUUCUUAUCAAUUAUUCAAAGGUACUAUCAAGUACUUGGCUACAAUGGACCUUUCUUCAGGCUAUUUAUCGUUUUCCAGUUUAAUUGGGGAGAACAUUGCAUCUAAAUUCAACCCUAAUGAGGGAUUCAAUGUUCCUACCAUCUUUGACAAAAAUUUGAAGUUGAACAUAUUGUGGAAGAUGACUAGUUAUUCAUAUAACCUAUUGAAGCACGAUGCUAUCCAAACGUUGGAAUUACUUAAUGAUGUGGUGAAAGACAGAUUCGAUCCCAUUUUGUUGCACAACUCAAACCAUGAUCAAUUAAGAUACGACAUGUUGUUGAAUAUUACUAUUCCAGAUGAUUUGAUAGAACAGUUUGGUCCCUUGGAAAAGAUUACGUUCUUAACAUUCGAGAACUUUAUAAUGAACAAGCUUUAUGUUAUCUUAAAAAUGGCUCUUGGAGAUAGGGCUACUCAAGUGGUUGUGAAGCUUGAAAAGUUUCAAAACGUCUUUGCCAUCCACAAAAGAAAAAUAAACUCUCAGACAAACAAUUUCAUUAUAGGGCUUAUGUUCAACCCAGAUGAAUGCGAAAAGUUAGUCACUAAGGGUCCAGAUAAUGAUGAUCAUGAGGAAGAAGUCAUCAAAUUCAGAAACUUUUGGGGUGCAAAAGCUUCUUUGAGAAGAUUUAAGAAUGGUACUAUCCAAAACUGUGUUGUUUGGCUGAUCAAGGAAUCUGAACCUGUUACUUUAUCCAUAAUCAAGUAUUCUUUGGAUCACCAUUUGUACAAAGAUAUUUCCUCCAACAUUUCCACCGAAUUGCCAGCAUUUAAUAAGAAACUUCCUAUACCAUUAUUACCGUCUGGUUCUAAUCAACCUGUUAUCUCAACCAGCAGCUUUGCCAAUUUGAAAACUUCUUUCGAAUCUUUAACUAGAGCCAUUUCCAAAUUAUCGUUGCCUUUGAGUGUCAAGUCAAUGUUUCCCGCUUCAUCGAGUUUAAGAUAUACUUCCACUUUGCAGCCAGUUCCCUUCGCUGUCAGUAAUCCUGACUUUUGGAAUGAAGUGAUUUUGCAGUUCGAAUCUUCAGCAAAGUGGCCAGAUGAAUUAUUUGCAUUAGAAAAAGUCAAGUCAGCUUUCUUGUUGAAGACUUUGGACGAGCUUCACAAGGAAACAGCAUACAAAGCCUUCAUAACCCAAGAUGACACUAUUCCCUUCAAUAGUCAUAUAACUAUAUUAAGGGUUUUAACCCCUGAAGGGUUUGGAUUCAAAAUCAGAGUUUUGACCGAAAGAGAUGAGACAAUGUAUUUAAGAGCUGUGAGUAACGCUGACAAGCAAAAAGCCAGGGCCCAAGAUAUUUAUCUUAAAUUCAACCAAAAGUACAUUGGUGUGGUGAAGCAUUCAAGAACCGUUAGUACUUUAUCCCAUCAUUUCCCCUUUUAUUCCCCAACAGUAAGAUUAUUCAAGAUAUGGUUGGACUCCCAUUUACUAUUGAGCCACUUCAGCGAGGAAUUGGUGGAGUUGAUUGCGCUCAAGCCGUUUGUUGACCCAGCUCCAUAUUCAGUACCUCACUCUGUUGAGAACGGGUUCUUAAGGAUUUUAGAGUUCUUAGCCAGUUGGAAUUGGAAGGAUACUUCAUUGAUUCUUGAUCUUGUGAAAAAUGACGUUGGGGGAGAUUCUUACAACGAAUUAGACAGUGAAACCUUCAACAAAUUGUCCGACAAGUUAACUAUUCAAACUCAGCAGAUGAUUGAAGAUAAUUUCACAAAGAUAAGAAAAAACGAUCCAACAGGAAUCAAGACCCAAUUUUUUAUUGGAUCUAAAGAUGACCCAUCAGGAAUCUUAUGGUCCAAUGAAUUGACUCUUCCGAUUGCCAGUAGAUUGACGGCUUUGGCAAGAUCUGCAACUGAAAUUAUCAGAUCAUCUGGUGUCAAUGAGAUUAAUCUCAAUUUAUUGUUUGUACCGGUGUUGCAAGAUUACGAUUUCAUCAUCGAUAUCAAGUCUCAUAAGUUAUCAACUUCUGCCGGGGUGUUACCUUCCAACAGCUUCAAGAAUUUGAUUAACAACCAAACAUUUUUCCCGGAUGAUAUUGCUUCCAAAUACGAUUUGACCCAAGCUUAUAUUGAUGAUUUAAACAGGAAGUUUGGUAAUGUGAUUAUAUUUUCUUCCCACAGCUACAGUUUUUUGAACAAUGAUGGGCACAAUAUCAUCACUGGUCUUUUUGUCCCUGCUACUUUAACUAAGAAGAAGUUCAGAGUCAACUUUGGUAUCAACCUCAAACCUGUUCAAGAUUCUAAAGACAAAGACACAGAAGAAGUGAUCAUCAACAAAGAAAGCAUUCUCGAUCAAAUUCGUCUUUUGGGAGGUGAUCUCAUUAGUGAGGUGAAAAUUAAAGGCUGA